CCCUCCCCCUGGUCCUCUUCUGCAGUGUGCGCACGUGCCGGAGUCCCCUUGAUUGUCAGGUUCCGGUCUCCCCCCUUAACCCCCCGGACCCGCAGGUAGACGCGCACCCCCUGAUAUCGGAGCAGUGAGCGGCCUCCUCCUCCUCCGUCUGCUCCUCCUCCUCCUUCUUCUCCUCUUCCCGGUGCCUGCCAAAAGUGAAAAGUAUGUAUCCAGCUGGAGGGAUUUCUGCUGCCAUUUACAACGACAGGCUUCGCUCUGAGGGGAUGGGCUCCAAGGACCACGCCGUGCUCUUCGCCAACCAGGACUUCGAGUCCUUGAAGCGGGACUGUUUGGAGUCGGGGUGCCUGUUCGAAGACCCCUGCUUCCCUGCAGAACCUCCGUCUUUGGGCUUCAAAGAGCUCGCACCCCAUUCCUCUAAGACCAGGGGUGUGGAAUGGAUCAGACCCACGGAGCUGACGAGUGAGCCCCAGUUCAUCGUGGGAGGAGCCACCCGAACGGACAUCUGCCAGGGAGCGCUCGGUGACUGCUGGCUUUUAGCGGCCAUCGCCUCCCUGACCCUGAAUGAGAGGCUCCUUCACCGCGUUGUUCCACACGGCCAAUCCUUCCAGGAGGACUACGCUGGAAUCUUCCACUUUCAGUUCUGGCAGUUUGGCGAAUGGGUGGAUGUUGUGAUUGACGAUCGAUUGCCGGUGAAAGACGGAGAGCUGAUGUUUGUGCAUUCAGCUGAGGGCAACGAGUUCUGGAGCGCCCUCAUGGAGAAAGCGUACGCCAAGCUGAAUGGUUCCUACGAGGCUCUGUCCGGAGGAAGCACCACCGAGGGCUUCGAGGACUUCACAGGCGGAGUGUCUGAGAUGUACGAGCUGCGGAAAGCUCCCAGAGAUCUGCACAGGAUCAUCUCCAAAGCUCUGGAGAGAGGCUCCCUCCUGGGAUGCUCUAUUGAUAUCACGAGUGCCUUUGACAUGGAGGCCGUUACAUUCAAGAAGCUGGUGAAGGGACACGCCUACUCAGUGACUGGACUGAAGGAGGUCGAUUACCGCGGCAACAUGGUGCGCCUCAUCAGGAUACGUAACCCCUGGGGUCAGGUGGAGUGGACCGGAGCCUGGAGCGACAACUCCCAUGAGUGGAAUGAUGUCGACCCGUCUGACCGAGAAGACUUACACCUGAAAAUGGAAGAUGGCGAGUUUUGGAUGUCCUUCAGUGAUUUUCUGAGGCAGUUUUCCCGUCUGGAGAUCUGCAACCUGACUCCAGACGCCCUGAGUGAAGAUGCCCUCAGCCACUGGAACACCAUGAAGUUCUACGGCACGUGGAGACGGGGCAGCACCGCCGGGGGCUGCAGGAACCACCCCAACACCUUUUGGAUCAACCCGCAGUAUAAAAUCACGCUGCUGGAGGAAGAUGAUGACCCAGAGGACGACGAGGUGGCGUGCAGCUUUUUAGUCGCCCUCAUGCAGAAGGACCGCCGCAGGUAUCGGCGCCACGGUCAGGACAUGCACACCAUCGGGUUUGCCCUCUAUGAGAUUCCAGAGGAGUACAGGGGCUGUCACAAUGUCCAUUUGAAGAAAAACUUCUUCCUGAGUCACUCCUCAUGCGCUCGCUCAGAGACCUUCAUCAACCUGCGGGAGGUAAGCGCUCGGCUGCGUCUACCUCCUGGAGAGUACCUCGUUGUCCCCUCCACCUUUGAGCCCAGCAAAGAGGCUGACUUUGUCCUCAGAGUCUUCACUGAGAAGCAGUCGGAGACAGAGGAGCUGGAUGAUGAGAUUUCUGCUGACUUUGGAGAUGAGGACGAAAUAACGGAAGAUGACAUCGAUGACUCUUUUAGAUCCAUGUUUGCCCAACUAGCAGGAGAGGACAUGGAGAUUUCUAUCCGCGAGCUAAAGACCAUUCUCAACAGAGUCAUCUCUCGUCACAAAGACCUGAAGACGGAUGGAUUUAGCUCAGAAUCCUGUCGGACCAUGGUCAACCUAAUGGAUAAAGAUGGCAGCGCCCGCUUAGGACUCUUGGAGUUUCAGAUCCUCUGGAACAAGAUCAGGAAGUGGCUUGGCAUUUUCCGGGAGUUUGAUCUCGACAAAUCGGGGGCCAUGAGCUCAUAUGAGAUGCGUCUGGCUGUGGAGGGAGCAGGUUUUAAACUGAAUAAUCAGCUGAACCAGAUUCUGGUGGCCCGCUAUGCAGACAACGAGAUGGUUGACUUUGAUAACUUCAUCUGCUGCUUGGUCAAGCUGGAAGCAAUGUUUAAGUAUUUCCAGGAGUUGGACAAAGAUGGAUCAGGAGUUGUUGAGAUGAAUCUCACAGAGUGGCUUUACCUGACCAUGUGCGGCUGAAGAGUCCCAACUGUUCUGCAACAAGUGAAGUUACUGUGCCUGCAAGCUUGGAAGACCCCUCACCCUAACACAGUCCAGCCCGGCUACUCGUGUAUCAGAAGAGCUCCCAUGGUAGAGAAAAACCAAAGUCCGGUGAAGCCAUGUGGGACCCGGCCUUAUUUGAUAAACUAUGCAAAUUGUAGAGCAGAAAAAGCGUAUGUUGCUGUAAAAAAGAACAACAUGCUGCCUGUGCAUGGUUUGUCACAUCACACUACUAUCCAUUGCAAGUCACUUUAACUAUUUAAUCUGGAAUAUCAUUAAGUUUGAUGUGUCAGCGUGUAUUUUCAGUACAUUUUAAUUAUCAGUUGUUUUGGGCCUCUGCAAUUUUAAUUUUUUUAUAAACUGAGUGUCAAGUUGUUUUAUCCUUACGCCUCUAGAUGGCAGUAAAAACUAACUUUAAAUAUUGUUUUUACACUUUCUUUUUUAACAUUACACUCGGUUAAAGUUAAAGCAUAGUCUUUUACAAUUAUUUGCACAGGAAUUAUAGUUGAAAGAACUAAAGAUGCCUCACUUUAGAAACACGUGAAGGAAUUUACAGAAGUAUGUCAGUGACCUGAUGAAGAAUGCUUCCGUCGAGUGUCACUAACUGAAGUCAAAAUGUGCCAGUUAUGUGUUGGUUUUUUUGCGAAUGUAUAUUGUGCCUUCAAUAAAUGUUUUCCCUAAAAGGUUCACACUGUUUUGGUCACAGCAUGACCCACAUUGCAGCAGCUCAUUGCACAGAAGAAAAUAAAGGUCUCAUAUAU